CCUCCCUGCAGAGCUCGGGGGACACAGAUUCUGCAUUCACUUCAAUCCGCUUUGUGUUCGCCCUAUGUCGAAGCGUUGUCCGACUUGCCUGUAGCCUCGCACAGACACUUAAUAUUUUAAACCUUGAUGUUUCUCGGACGGCGUCCUUUAGCGAUGAGAGAGGAGGAGCAAUGUUUAUGUCGAUCUUGAGCAUAGAACAAGAGAAUACAGAGCACACCAACUGAGGGAGUGGUGGAGAUAGUUCAGAAGAUUAUGGCAGAUGUGACCCUUCAUCCAACAUGACUUGCUAUUCUCAUCCAUGUGGCCAGCAGUGAUGUUCGUACACUUUGACAGCACUAAAGGAGUUAUCGAACCAAUACAAAUAUGCAAACAGCAUUCUAAAAUUUAAGGAAUAGUCAAAAGUUUAAUAGCUUAACUGAAGUCAGAGUGAGCCAGUUUACCCCGUCACUCGCUUCACUUUUGCUAUGCAGUGCCAACAAAUGCUUUUGAUUUGGACCUCUCUUCUAGUUCAAUAACAAUAGUUUUGAAUUGAUCUGUAAAGAAAGACACAGCAGAAAGCUUUGUGCAUUUUAGCUGAAAAGCUAAAGUGGAAAAAAUAUUCAGUAGAAUAAUUUUGAGCAUGCGUUUGCCGAUCUGUAUUUUUGUGGGAAUUAUUUUGAGGAGUUGUGGGUGCCAUUCAGAAGAUACAGACUUCAAAGAUUGGCGGGGAAAACUGAAAACAAUUCGGAAUGGAAUUCAUAAGAUUGACACAUAUCUGAAUGCAGCACUGGAUUUACUUGGUGGGGAGGAUGGGCUCUGCAAGUACAAAUGCAGUGAUGGAUCCAAGCCAGUUCCUCGUUAUGGUUAUAAGCCUCCUCCACCCAAUGGAUGUGGCUCUCCUAUGUUUGGAGUUCACUUAGAUGUGGGAAUUCCUUCCAUGACAAAGUGCUGCAAUCAACAUGAUCGUUGUUAUGAUACUUGCGGUAAUACUAAACAGGACUGUGAUGAGAUAUUUCAGUACUGCCUUUCCGUAAUUUGCAGAAAUGUACAGAAAACAUUAGGAAUGGAUGCAACUGUACAAGCUUGUGAGAAUGCUGUAGAAUUGCUUUUCAAUGCAGUUAUGCAUUUGGGAUGCAAACCCUACCUAGACAGUCAGAGGGCCUCGUGCAUGUGCGCUUAUGAAGAAAAAAUCGACCUCUGAUGUGAAGAUUGAGAAAAAACAAAUCUUUUAAAUAACAACCGACUGUGCUCAAUUAAUUUGAAAAUGUCAUAUUUUCUCAGGAGAACUUUAAUUAUGUCAGAUUUAUGAUAACAGAUUUUAUUGCGUGACAAUCUUAAAAACAAUGUUCAUUGUUUUUCCUGUGAAAUGUUUACAUAAUUUAAAAUUUGAAUUAUUACAAGUUACUACACCAGAUAUACACCUUAGUCCGAAUGCCCUGCAUAUUGCAGAUUCAUGGUCUUGCAUUGAAUUUAAUCUUCUCUUAAAUGGAGCCAUUAAAAGAUGAUGAAGUUCUUUUAAUCCUCCUCCAAUAUGAAGAGGAAAAAUCCAAAAACCAAAUUAAGAAACCAGUCUCAUACACCACCUAUUGGCAGGUUAUUGCAUGACAUUGCCACAUGACCAAUUUGAAAAUGAUUCUGGGCUUUGGCGAUCUUAAAAUCAGUUGCAGAAUUACAAAUGAAUUUCAUUUUAAAUGGGAACUGAAAUCAGGAUUAAUUUAAUCUGAACUAAAUAUGCCUUGCAUCAUGUAAUUAGACCCACAUUCUCAAGCCUACUACUAACAUAAGCAGCUUGUUUCUGUGAAUGCUAGAAAUCGGAACCUAUAAACACUCAACAUGUCAGGCAGCAACUGUGGACAAAGAUACAGAGCUGAGGUUUGGUUUAAAGUGGUUGACCUGAUUGUACUGGCUAGAAACUAUUCUCAUUGUAUUAUGAGAAUUGUGGAAUGCUAAGUUGAGACAUGAAUAUUGUCACUCGGGAGAACUGACAUUGGCAACCAGUCCUCAUCAUUGUGUGAUAGCUGGUGAGCAAUAAAAUGGAGAGAAAAAUGCAUUUCGAAUGAA